AGAAUGACACUUGAAUCAGUGCAUCAGCUAGAGUACGAUUCUAGAAAUCCUUGUCUAUUUGCAUCUUAAUGAUUUCCAAACAGGGAGCACAUGCAGAUGGUCGUUCUUGUUGGGAAGAUGAACACUAGAGAGAUAUUUGUUUUGGUACAAGAUUUGCUUAGUUUAGUGUCUUUGUCACGGUUCACCUUCUUUGGCUUUUAUGGGUUUCUAGUUUCUACCUUAUGCUUAUAAAGUUUUCGACAGAAGUCUUGAUUGGACACUAAAAACUUGAGCCUAGCUAUGCAAUACAUUUGACUCAAUUUUGUUUUACUGGUCUUUCCUAGAUGUGAAAUGUAAUUACCAUCAAUGUCAACUCAACAACUCAUAACUUCUACUCAAGGAAAAUGAGUUGGAUGCAUAAUUGCUGCUUUCAGAUGCCCCGGAAGCAUAAUGCUUGUGUCAAAUACUCGGUAUAGACUACCAUCAAUUCAAUUGUUGCUUAUCCCAAGUUCAGUUUCUUCCCUUGUUUCAAAUUGUUUAUUAUGGGUAUUUCUCAACUAAAACCACCGCACCGCCCUUCAUAUGCCUCUAUGAUAGCUUGGUCAAUCCAAGUUAAUCUGCAUCCACCUCGAAGUUCAUUAGAUUCUGAAGACAUGAUGGUACUUCUACAAGUUGUUAUAAUUAUUCUGACCUUGCUAUAGAAUUGGUUGCGAUAUGUAGGUGAUUCACGUGAAGUUAUGCACCUCAAUUAUGCCAAUACAUUUAAUAUACCGUCACUUUUGAGGCUUCCUAACUGUAUGAGGGCUCAUGAAUCAAUUGCAGUGACAUUGCCGGUUUUGCAAAGGCAUGAAAUUUUCAGGAGUCCAACCCCAUGUUCUUGAAAAAGAAACAUUAUUUAUGACAGCUUUACUAGUAGGUUUAGAGAGAGAGAGAGAGAGAGAGAGCACAGAAAAAUUUAGCUGUGCAUGCAGUUGAGAGCUCAUUCAAUGGGGAGAUAAUGGGCACUGGUGACAAAGCUAGAAGACAUCGUGACUGUCUUUCUCAUAUUGAAAAACUGAUCUUAAUGGGUCCCUAUCCUCAUGUGAAGCCCUUAAAGUGUGGUGUCGGUGUAUCCUAUAAAACAAGGCUUAUGGGACUCGAUCAUCAAAGAAGCAUAUAGCUUCUCAGCAGCUAAGUUGCCUUCUAAGUUAUUUUCUUCCUCUCCUUCUAUUUAUUUAUUUUAUUGGGAGCUGAAGUUGCGCUUUCAGAUGCGAAGUUUUCCUUUUUGCCGAGGAGUACUUUUGUGCUGCUCGGUGAUCUUGCUUUGUACAAUAAGGUUCUGCUAUGGUAACGACCAGACCGUCGAGGUAGUUGGUAUUGGAGAAUGUGCAGACUGUGAACAGAGUAACAUUAAGAGUAGCCAUGCCUUUUCAGGGCUUCGCGUAACAGUUGAUUGUAAGCCAGCAGCAGGACACUUCAAAACAAGAGGGAUCGGGGAGCUCGAUGAAGAAGGAAAGUUCCAAGUGUCUCUUCCUCAGGAGCUCCAAAAAGACGGAAAACUGAAGGAAGAAUGCUAUGUGCGGCUUCACAGUGCAUCUGAUGCACCAUGCUCUGCCCUCAAUGGCCUAGAAUCCUCAAAAGUAAUAUUCAAGUCCAAAGCCAAUGGGAAACACACCUUCGGGCUGGCUGGUAAACUCAAUUUCUCCCCUGCGACAUGCACUUCGGCCUUAUUGUGGCCUCAGUUCAAUUACCCAUCACUACCCAAAUUGCCACCUUGGCCAAAGUUGCCAUCCUUUCCUAAGUUCCCCCAUACAUAUUUCAAGAACUUCGGUCAUCCAUUCCCUUUCCCUCCUAAGGUCUUCCCCCCACUACCACCAAAGUUCUUCCCUCCCAUUUAUAAGAAGCCUCUCCCUCCUCCGGUUCCAAUCUUCAAGGAACCACUUCCUCCUCCAGUACCUAUCUUCAAAAAACCGCUUCCUUCACCAGUUCCCAUAUACAAGAAGCCACUUCCUCCUCCGGUACCUAUGUUUAAGAAGCCGCGUCCUCCACCGGUUCCCAUAUACAAGAAACCACUUCCUCCACCAGUUCCCAUAUACAAGAAGCCACUUCCUCCUCCGAUACCUAUCUUCAAGAAACCGCUUCCUCCACCAGUUCCCAUUUACAAGAAACCACUUCUUCCUCCGGUACCUAUGUUUAAGAAGCCGCUUCCUCCACCGGUUCCCAUAUACAAGAAACCGCUUCCUCCACCAAUUCCUAUAUACAAGAAGCCACUUCCUCCUCCGGUACCUAUCUUCAAGAAACCGCUUCCUCCACCAGUUCCCAUUUACAAGAAACCACUUCCUCCUCCGGUACCUAUGUUUAAGAAGCCACUUCCUCCACCGGUUCCCAUAUACAAGAAACCGCUUCCUCCAUCAGUUCCCAUAUACAAGAAGCCACUUCCUCCUCCGGUACCUAUCUUCAAGAAACCGCUUCCUCCACCAGUUCCUAUUUCCAAGAAACCACUUCCUCCUCCGGUACCUAUAUUUAAGAAGCCGCUUCCUCCACCGGUUCCCAUAUACAAGAAGCCGCUUCCUCCUCCAGCUCCAAAAUACAAAAAGCAGUGUCCUCCACCAACUCCAAACUACAAGGAGCCGCGUCCACCUCCAGCUCCUAAGAAGCAAUUUCCUCCACCAAUUCCAAUAUACAAUAAGCCGCUUCCUCCAUCAAUUCCUAUAUACAAGAAGCCACUUCCUCCACCUGUUCCUAUAUUCAAGAAGCCGCUACCACCACCUGUCCCUAUUUCAAAAAAACCGCUUCCACCAUCCAUUCCAAUUGCCAAGCCAAAACCACCAAUUUUCAAGCCUCCUUCAAUUCCAAAGAUCUUCCCUCCACCCCUACCAGUAUUCAAAAAGCCACUUCCACCUUCCCUUCCAAUCUACAAACCAAAACCACCAAUAUUCUUUAAACCAUUUCCUCCAAUCCCAAAGAUCCCACCAUUUUAUAAGAAGCCAUGCCCACCCAUUCCUAUUGCCCCUCUUCUUCCUAAGCUUUCUCCCAUUCCCAAGCUGCAUCCUAAGUAUUUCCCCCACCCCAAAUUUGGAAAGUUACCUCCCUUGCCACCUUUUCCUCCUCAUCCUUAGGCUACAGCAGCGUUUGUCCCAUAUGUAAGGGAAAUGAUGUCGCUUUAUGUAAUGAAGGCCAGUUUGAAAAUUUAUUGCUGCAAUAAAGCCUUCAAAGAGGAGAGAUGAUCCAAAUGAUUGGAGAGACAGAGAAAGGUUAUUUAUUAAAUGUUGAAGUUAGAGGUGUGUGACUCAAAAGGGCUAGAAGUGUGUGGAUUAUUCUUGUUACAUCGUUAAUAGGGGACUUCUAUAGAGGUCCAAAUGCAUUUGACCAUUGUAAUAAUUUUAUUUUCCGUCUAGCUAGGAGUUAUUAAUCCUCCGGUUGUGAUUACUUGUAUUUGAUAUAUUUCUAUAAUUAAAUCACGUUCAGAUUGCAAAUUGUGCAAAAA